CAGAAAUUUCUGUUCCUGGGAACAGAAAUAGGGUGCAACCAUGCAGGCCCUAACUGGCAGGGAAUCUGACAUCCUUACGGAAGUUGAAUAUGCAGAAUCAAGGCUCGGACAAAAAAGGAAGAGAGAAGUUGAGGACUGGCUGAGAAAUUUCCAGAGAUUUAAGGGCGACAUCUCGGGAUUAGAACCACGAGUUGCAGCAGGGAGAGUUCUUCAACGGGUAAGCUUGGUGAAUCAAAUAAACCAAUUGACCACGAAGGCGGAGGAACUUAUAGAGCAAGGUGGAUUUUCUGGUGGGCUCACACAUGCCGAAGAAGAGACCAAUGCAUAUGAGUUGGUGACUAAGGAGUUAGUUGGUGAGGCUUUCGGACAAAAUCUAACUAAAGUGCUGUCUCGUUUGAGGGAAAAUGACGUAUUGACCGUCGGCAUUUAUGGUAUGGGUGGAGUUGGAAAAACAACCCUUGUCACCCAUAUCCAUAACCGUCUCCUAGAAGAGGCAAGCGCUCCGAGGAAAGUACGCUGGGUAACAGUGUCCCAAGAACGUAAUGUUCUCAAGUUGCAACAAAUGAUAUCGGAAUGUUUUAACCAUGCCCUGAGAGAGAAAAAAGAUAAGAUCAAACGGGCUGCUGAAUUGUCACACUUACUGAAGAGAGAAAGCACUGUCAUCAUUUUAGAUGAUCUAUGGCACACUUAUGAUCCACAGGAGGUUGGAAUUCCGCUUGGUGUGGAUGCAUGUAAGUUAAUUCUAACAACUCGGUCCUUGGACAUAUGUCGGCAUAUGGAAUGCGAUGAACUGAUCAAGUUAGAGUCGCUUCCUGAAACUGAAGCCUGGCAACUGUUUGUAAAAAAUCUUGGACGAAGAGUUGUUUUCACUCCUGAAGUAGAAAGUGUUGCGAAGUCUGUGGCAAAGGAGUGUGCAGGAUUGCCUCUUGGGAUCGUGGUGGUUUCCGGAAGUAUGCGAGGGAAGGAGGAAAUUCACGAGUGGAGAAGUGCCCUGAAAGAGUUGAAAGAAGCAAGGUUUGAAGGAGAAGGCAUGGAAGAUAAGGUAUUCAGAGUAUUGAAGUUCAGUUUCAUUCGCCUGAAUGAUCCGGUCGUGCAACGGUGUUUCCUGCAUCUGGCACUGUACCCUGAGGAUUUUAAAAUUGAGACAGCAGACUUGCUGCGAAAUCUUGUUUAUCUCGAUUUCUUUAGUGACUUGAAAAGUCUCGAAGCACAGUAUGAUAGGGGUCACACCGUUGUGAAUAAAUUAGUCAACGUGUGCUUGCUGGAAAGAUCACGGUAUUCCAAUUCCGAGUUCUUGCUGGAAAGAUCACGGGAUUCCAAUUCCGAUUCCGAAUGUUUGAAGAUGCAUGAUUUAGUUAGGGACAUGGCAAUCAAUAUGAUGGGCUCUCGAUGCAUGGUGAAAGCGGGGCUAUAUUUGAGCACACUUCCAGCGCAGGAAGAAUGGGUUAAGGACUUAGAGAUAGUGUCCUUGAUUCGGAAUUCAAUAACAGAAAUCCCAGCAGUGAGACAGCAAAGUUGGGCUCUGCCUCGACUUUUGGAACUUCAUAUGAGUCGAAAUUUCUUGAGAAGCAUAGAUGAUUCAUUCUUUGGUUGCAUGCCCACUCUUCAAGUUCUAGACCUUUCCAGGACGAGUAUUGUGAUGUUGCCCAACUCAAUCUCUAACCUGGUGAACCUCACGCAUUUGUUAUUGCGUUUUUGUUCCGAUUUAUGUCACAUGCCUUCAUUGGCAAAACUGAAGGCAUUAAGAACGUUGGAUCUCUACGACAGUGGGAUUGAAGAAGUCCCUGAAGGGCUGCAGGCAUUGGUGAAUUUAAGAUGCCUGGAUUUUGGCAAUUCAAAGCUAAAGCGAUGGCCUCCUAGAAUUCUGCCAAAACUCUCUAACCUGCAAACCCUUCGUCUUUAUGGUCGGUGGAACUGCUUGAGAGUACAGGCUCGGGAAAUAAUGAGUUUGAGCAAUUUGUUUAUAAAAGCAAAUUGA